AAAAACGCGUACAAAUUGAUCAUGGAAGGUCUGCAAAUCAGGAAACUGGUGGAGAAACACAACCCCGAAAAACCUGCCCUAAUUGUGGCCUCAGAUCAGGGCAUCAUCCAGCAAGUCUCUUUCCAGACUGUUCUCAAUGUUGCCGAUGAAAUCCUGCCGUUUAUUUCCGAGAAUAUCACCAGCAGCAAUAACUGCAUUGGCCUGUUAAUGGACAAGAACAUCUUGCUGCCAUCAAUUAUUAUUUGUUUGCAGGAUUUGAGUCAAAGUUUUACUUUCCUCACACCCCAAACCUUGGCUGAAAGCUGCAAUCGAUUGGGCAUUAAGUGGCUGCUGGUCCUUGACCCGAAACCCUCUAGCAACGUCUUCACCUUCACACAAAAGCUGCGACUUUCCAUUGGAGAUGAGCUGCAACUGUGGGAGCUUGAGGGCGUUCCAGAACAAACCAAAUGCUAUGAAAACGUCCUGUGUACCAUGCAAACAUCUGGCUCAACUGGAGAGAGCAAAGCGGUCCGCAUCCCGUUUGAGUGCAUUCAAAAGAACGUGACUGGCUUAAACCAACACUUCCAAGUAACUGCAGAGGAUGUGAUCUAUUGGGGGACUCCCUUGACGUUCGACCCCACACUAAUCGAGCUUCUCCUAGCCCUGACUUUCGGGGCCCCAUUAGUGAUUGCCCCAAAGCGAGUGCAGCUCAAUCCUCCCCUCUUGCAUCGCGCGCUGUUCAAAGUGGUUGGCAUCAGUUUCCUGCAAAUGGUUCCUUCAGUCUUCCUCAGAUUCACCCCAGAGCAAAUAGGGGAAAUUUUCCUUAACAGCCCCCUGAAAACACUGGCCUUGGGGGGCGAGCCGUUUCCAGCGCAAUUGUUGGCCUUUAAACGCCACCCCCAGUUGAAGAUGUACAAUUUGUAUGGAAUUACUGAGCUCUCCUGCUGGGCGACUAUUGCCAAUCUAUCGACUGAUGACUCCACCCAGGAGGUCCCAUUGGGCGCCUGUUUGGACGAGACCUUUGUAGAGCUGCGCAAUCAGGAAGAGGGCUUGAUUGGGGAAAUUUGCAUCGGUAGCAAAAGCAGGCACUGUGUGCUGGAUGCAGCCCCGGUUGGUUCCCCCGUGCCUACAGGCGAUUUGGGGGAGUUCAUCAGCGGCAGGUUGUACUUCAGGGGCAGGAGCUCGCGCAGCAUUAAGCGGUUUGGGCGCCGGGUGGCUCUGCAGAGUGUAGAGGAUGAGAUUUUCCUGAACACCCAGCUGCGCAGCCGGCUGGUUUACUCUACCACGCAUCAGCGGCUUUUGGCUUUCGUUGUCAUCGCCCAGCCCAUGGAUGCACCUACCAAAACAAGGGCCUUGGAUAAGCUCCGAGUGAAACUCCUCAACAGCCUAGAAGAGCACUGCUUUCCAGACUACCUGGAGAUUCUCACUGAGCUGCCCCUGAACCGACAUGGAAAAAUCUGCGAUAAAUCCCUAGAAGGAUUGUUCAAAAGGGGCCCGAAAGCUGGAGAUGUAGGCGACGUUUUUGAAGACCUCCUGGGCGGGUAUGUGAGGGCGGAGCUUCAGGGGCACCGAGACAAAACUCUGGCCCAGUUAGGGGUCAGCUCCAUUUCCAUCAUGCAGUUUAUGCGCGACUUUCAAGAGCGCGUAGGCGACAGCAGGAUUGGGGAACUUUUAACCCUGCUGCUGAACGAAGACGUGAAGACUUGCCGGGAAUUUGUAGAGCGGCAUCUUGAAGUGUCGUCUGGGGAGACUUGUCCAGUUGGGACUAUUGGGGCUGCGCCCAGCCCCAGCCAUGUGCUGUGGAGCGUGGACAUGAAGGGCUGCGUGGAUGCCCCUGUGGCGGCCACCACAAGCAGCCUUGGGACUUACAUUGCGUGCGGCAGCUUCGCCCACAAAGUGGCGAUUUUGGACGAAAGCGGCCAUGAGCUGUUUGUAAUUUUUUUGAGGCAAGAGAUCCACGCAGAGCCAGUCUUUUCCCGGUGUGCAACAUUCCUGUUCUGCCCCUGCUCGAAUGGUGCCAUGUACUGUCUAGAUUUGAGGCUCAAGAAAAUCGCCUGGCGUUUCCCAACCUCGGACAAAGUCAGCUCGGCCUGCCUGUGGGGCACAUUGCUAGCCUUCGGCUCGUACAACGGCAGCUGCUACUGCGUGUCCUUUGCGGGAGCUCUCGUAUGGAUGGCUCCUCUGUUUGGGCAGAUAAAAGCGCCGCCUGUUCGCGAGGCGAACAGGCAGAGGCUUCAUGUGGGCACCACCCGAGGUUGGUGCUACGCUUUGGAUGAAACGGACGGCGCUCGCAUCUGGAGCUGCAAUGUAGAAGGGCCGGUUUUUGGGGCGGGAGUUGUUCUGAAGGACUGCACAGUUUGGCCCAGCGUCACUGGGCAAAUAACCUGCAUAGACUCAACAGGCUGCGUCAGAUGGACGCUCAAAGCAGGCGGGCACAUUUUCGGCUCUUUGCGGCUCCAUCGCCGCUCAAUAUACUUUGGGUGCCACGACUCCUACUUGUACAAAAUCACCGCUGAUGACCACUUGGAGAGACUCGCCCAACUCAGUGGGGAAAUCUCCUCCACGCCCGUCCUCCACGAAGAGGACGGGGGACUGUUUGUGGUGAGCGUGUGCAACAGCGGCUCUGUGCAUGUAAUAGAGGCGGCCUCAAAGGCCACAGUGUUCACCAUGCAGCUGCCCGCUCAAAGCUUUUCUUCGCCCUGCUUGGUGAAGGGCAGACUGUUUGUAGGAUGCAGGGAUGACCGGUUGUAUUGUAUUGACUUGGAAAAUGCUCUAAAUGUUAAUUAUUUAGAGCCUAGAAAGGAUCAUUAAACGUUUCGAACAGUG